CAAAUCGAACGGGCUCUCAGUUCUCAUCGUUACAUCCAAAGUUCUGUACCGGGUAAUGCAAUUGGUUCUUGUUUCGCUAUUGGCCACCGCCUUUUUCGGCGCAGUUGCACCAUCACCUGCCAGGAGAAUCGUCGGAGGCCAAUUUGCACAGAAUGAGAAACAGUUUCCCUACCAGGUGGCCCUUUUCGAGAAGGAUGAGUUCAAGUGCGGAGGAUCGAUUAUCGCCGAAAAGUGGAUUCUAACGGCUGCCCAUUGCAUCGUGCAGCUUGAUGGAAGUCCUACAUCAACUGAUGUUUUAAAGGUUCAUGUCGGUUCACCUCACCUAAAAAAAGGAGGGAAAAAGGUGAAACCUUCAAGGAUUAUUCCUCACGCUGACUACCCCAAGAUCAAUUACGACAUCGGAUUGAUUGAGCUAGAAGAGGCCCUCGUUUAUGAUAAAACCAUCCAAAAAAUUGAGCUCUAUCGAGGGGAAUUACCAGUAAAUGUCACAGUUACAAUCUCCGGCCAUGGAAAAACCGGAAGUAAUGAGCCGAUCUCCGAGAUGCUCAAGUGCAACACAUUGACCGUGAUGGACGAGACAGAAUGUUUUAACCAAAUAAUUCAUUCCGGGUGGAAGAAAAUCAUGUGUCUGAAGAAGCCUGCGGAUAAUAACGGUAUUUGCACGGGAGAUUCCGGAGGACCUGCCGUGUUCAAUGGAAAGCAAGUUGGAGUGGCCAACUUUGUGCUGGGAAAGUGUGGAUCGAUCCGUACGGAUGGAUAUGCUUUUGUGCCUUUCUUCGUACCCUGGAUUGAGGAAACUAUGAAACAGCAGUGAGAGAUAGUGAUUUCUAAAGCCUGGAGUGGAAAUUAUCAAUAAAAAUGGAGUGGAAAAUAUCAAAAAAUCAAGCAA